AUGGAAAAUACAAGAAGUGAUCAUACAACAGGGUCUUCAGAGGCCCGAAUGAACAGAAUGGAACAAAUGCUUGCAGCUCUGACUGAGAAAGUUCUUUUGGCCACCUACACUCUAAAAGACGAAGCUCAGAGAUGGUGGUUAUUGGUUCGAAACAGUAAUGGAAAUAUGUCAUGGGCUCAAUUUAAUACGAUCUUUUAUGACAAGUAUUUUCCACAGUGCUUCCGGGAUCGAAAGGUUUCAGAAUUUCAGAAACUCAAACAGGGCAGAAUAUCUGUAGCUGAAUAUGAGGCAUGGUUUACUGAGUUAGCUAGAUUUGCUCCUCACAUGGUGGACAUGGACUAUAAGAAAGCCCGCAAAUUUGAGGGUGGAUUGGAUUUAGAUAUACUAGAUCGGGUGGGAGUCCUCAACCUACCUACGUAUGUGAAUGUAUUGGAUAAAGCAUUGAUGGCAAAAGCCAAUUUGGUAGCAAAAAGGAAAGCUCCGGCCUCAACAACUGAAUGA